UCUGGAGGCGGAGCCCAGGGCGAUCAGGGGCCGGGCCCUCGCCCCUCCCCCACGUGGCCGGGAGUGGUGCAGGCACCUCCGGAGUGGCAAGUUCCCACGUGUAGUGCGGGGCAGCAGGCUUUGGUCCUUCCUCUCUGAUCUCCAAGGCCUGUAGGUCUGCGCCCGUGGUGAUGCCGAAGGUCAAGCCGAGGACGAGCGGCCGCCGCCGCGAUCGACUUAAACAGAGCCAGGAGCUGAAGAGCGCCGGAGGACUCAUGUUCAACACGGGGAUUGGGCAGCAUAUUUUGAAAAAUCCUCUCAUUGUUAACAGCAUUAUCGAUAAGGCUGCCUUAAGACCAACCGAUGUGGUGCUAGAAGUUGGACCUGGAACUGGCAAUAUGACUGUAAAAUUGCUAGAAAAGGCAAAAAAGGUAAUUGCCUGUGAACUUGACCCAAGACUAGUAGCUGAACUUCACAAAAGAGUUCAGGGCACGCCUCUGGCCAGCAAACUUCAAGUACUGGUGGGAGAUGUCUUGAAAACAGAUUUGCCAUUCUUUGAUGCCUGCGUGGCAAAUUUACCAUAUCAGAUCUCUUCCCCUUUUGUCUUCAAGCUGUUGCUGCACCGACCUUUUUUCAGAUGUGCUGUACUUAUGUUUCAAAGAGAAUUUGCUUUACGACUAGUUGCAAAGCCUGGAGAUAAAUUAUACUGCAGACUCUCAAUCAAUACACAGCUGUUAGCACGUGUGGACCAUCUGAUGAAAGUUGGAAAGAAUAAUUUCAGGCCACCACCGAAGGUGGAAUCCAGUGUCGUAAGAAUAGAACCCAAGAAUCCACCACCACCUAUCAAUUUUCAGGAAUGGGAUGGCCUAGUAAGGAUCACCUUUGUCAGGAAGAACAAGACACUGUCUGCAGCAUUUAAGUCAAGUGCAGUGCAACAGCUAUUGGAAAAAAACUACAGAAUUCACUGUUCAGUCCAUAAUAUCAUAAUACCAGAAGAUUUCAGCAUAGCAGAUAAAAUACAGCAAAUCCUAACCAGCACAGGUUUUAGUGACAAGCGGGCCCGUUCCAUGGACAUAGAUGACUUUAUCAGAUUGCUACAUGGCUUCAACGUGGAAGGUAUACAUUUUUCUUAGGUAUCUGGAAAAGAGAAUUUUUCAAACCCAAGAAAAAGAAGCUGCAAUUAUAUAUUUUUAAUAAUUAGAGAAGAUGAACUAUGCUUUUGCUCCACUGGAACACUAUGUGCUUGACUAUUUUUUAUUUUGUCACCAUUUAUUACUCUGAAUUUUUACAGCAGUAAGUCUAUUCUAACUACCCAAGUUUUUUUUUUUUUGCUUGUUUUUGGUUUUGGUGUUUUUAAUAUCUAACGUAGGGCAGGGUCCUGUGUAUACAUGAUAAUCUUUAAGAGCCGCAGGCACGCACAACUUUACACUUAAACUUAUCAUUUCUAACAGUUUAUUGUAUAAAGAUGUUACUCUUCUAUUUUCUAUGUUAUAUAUUACUAUGAGGGCCUCUGUAGGCCUUUGUCCCUCCAACAGUCAAACAUUUAAAACAUGCUUAACUCAGUAACAUAUUCCCCAUACUAUUUCUUUUUAUUCAUGUGCACAAUAAAACACUUGUUUCUUA